CUUCAAAGCCUUGGCCGCCCUUCUUCGCAUGGAGGAGACCACCCGUUUUUGUUCGUUUUCAUUUUUGUAUGCACCUCCGCAUAACACACUGCUUUCCUCACGUUUGUCCCGGAAAACGAUGCGAAUCCACACGCCUUUCACACGCAGGGGCGCGCACACGCGUAGGCUGUAAACAUGUAAAGCAGUUUCCGCCAACCCCGUCAUCACCACUGACCCUCGUCUGAGUCUUGGUUGUCCCGUCCUCUCCUCCAUGACUAACAGCUGCGCUUCUUCUUCUUCUUCGUCUCCGUUGUUUAGUCAUCGUCGUCGCGAGGAGAAGAGGAGGUGUCUGUGUUGAUAUUCUUUCUUCCUGGUAGGAAAGCUGCUGUAGUCUUCGAUGGGGCGGUGGCGCAGUGGGUCGAAGGGCUUGGUCGUAGGCAAUUAUUGCCACGACGUUAUCCUUAGGGACGGCGCAGUGGUGGGAGAGAGCCUCGGCGGAGCCGCCUCCUUCAUCGCCAACGUGCUCGACCUGCUUGACAUCCCCUGCACCUACGUCUCCAAGGUGGGCCCCGACUUCGCCUACUCCGUUGCUCACCUCCCUUGCGUCGUCCCCCAUACCAAAACAACACUCUUCCACGCCCACUUCUUUUCUCCUUCUCCCCCCGCCGCUGGCCCUCACGCUUCCGGCUGCCCCGAAGACCAGCAGGAUUGCCACCGCUCCCAUACCCUCCACAGCCAUCAGGAUCGUACCCUCAAACUCUUGCAUGCCUGCGAGCCAAUUUCCAUUUCCGAUCUUCCCCUUCCCUCCUCUCUCACCCGAUCAGAUUUCGAUUUCGACUUUGGCAUGGCCGUCGGUGUCGCCGGCGAGAUCACGCCAGAGACCCUAUCUCGCUUGCUCGACCUGUGCCGCGUCCUCUUUGUUGACGUGCAAGCCCUGAUUCGCACUUUCGACGUGGCUGAUGGCACCGUCAGCCUAGCCCAUCUGCGCGACACUCACUUCGUCCAUCUCCUGCCCAGGAUCAGCUUCCUCAAGGCUUCCUCGGAUGAGGCAGAAUACAUCGAUAUCCAAGAUGCCCGCAACUCUUGCUGCGUAAUCGUGACAGACGGGAGGGAGGGCUGUAGGGUCUAUUGGAAAGACGGAGAGUUUCAGGUCCCGUCGUUUCCCGUGAUUCAGAUGGAUCCAACGGGUGCUGGCGACAGUUUUCUGGGGGGCUUUGCCGCUGGCCUGGUCCAGGGACUGUCCGUGAAGGAUGCUGCCCUCCUUGGUAAUUUCUUUGGGUCGCUAACAGUCGGACAGAUUGGCGUGCCCAGGAUCGAUUCCCUCAAAUUGCAGAUGGAGGUGAAAUAUCAGAAUCUUGGUGAAAGAGAUGAUGUGAAGUGGACAGUUCAAAGAUGCCAAGAAAUAACGAAGUUUAUCUACAAUCAUGCUUAUGUUUGAACUUGAUGAAAUUCACAAAUGGGGCUGAAUUGAUUCAACCUCCACAAACAUGGUUUGCCGCAAAUGUUUUGACUGUGCAGGGUAUAGUCAAGCAAAGGACUCCUCUCAAAUUGAUGUUUUCAAGUGAAGGUUUAGCUGCAUAUCCACAUGACCAUAAAAAAAUGCCAUGACAGUUCUGGAUACUCUAUUCAACACUGAAUUUUGAGAAUUAUGUGUGAACUUAUUGAAUAUUUGUGCACCUCUAAUGAAAACCCUCAAAUUGGUUGACAGUGAAGAUAUGCUUUCUAUUGGAUAUUUAUAUGAGGCUAUGGAUAGAGUAAAGGAGGCUAUUAAAGAUAAUGUAAAGGAAAAUAAGAAAUUGUACAUGCCUAUAUGGAAGAUUGUAUUUGAAAGGUGGUCUAGACAACUUCAUUACCCGCUUCAUGUAACAACCUACUACCUAAAACCUGCUAUUAGAUUUCUUUCCUAUUUUAAGGACAAAAAGGUCGAGAAUGACAUGUUGGACUGCGUUGAGGUAUUGUUUCUAAAGAACAAGACCCUGUCCACACGUCGAUCAACAAAUAUGAUAAUUGUUAUGAUGACAUGGGGAGAGAUACAACAGUUGGAUGCAAGACAACGUUGUGUCCAGCUGUUAGAAAAAAGGACGUUAUCUUAUCUGCUUUUCAUUUGUAUGUUUAUUUAUUGUUUUUCAUACUUCAUACUACUUAGCAUUUAUUAAUUUGUAUACUUUGCAUUUCUUUUAUUUAGAUUUGUGGUUGUGUAGUUUUGGACUUGAUUGCUGUAAAGAAGUUUGCAAUUAAAAUCCUCAGCCAGGCAUGUAGUGCCAUUAUAUGUGAAAGAAUUGGAGUAUACUUCAACACAUCCAUAGUAAGAAUUGGCAGAUAAAAGGUUGGAUAACCUUGUCUUCAUUCGAGAUAAUAUGAACUCAAGACAAUGAUACAUUAAAUAUAUUUGUUAUGCAAAAUUGCAAAUUAUGAUAUAUAUUUUUACAAUUUGUUAAUGUUUUCUCUUGUUGCACUUUAGUCAAUUAGAAGCAGCAUCUACGAGGAAGCAUCACACUCAGUUUGAUCCUAUUAGCCUAGAAAAUUUUGAUGUAUUAGAUUCUUGGGUUGAAGAACCAUCUGUGAUACUUGAUGAAGAUGAUCUUGAUUUUCUAAACAUUGAAGGUGCAACAGAGCUUUUUGAAAGAGGAGAGCCAUAGAAUGUUGGUGAUGACAUUUCAUUUGAAGGGAUUGAAACAAUUAAUAAGAAAAUGAGAAUAAAGAUGAAGAUGAAGUUGAAGAUGAUGAUCACGAUAAUGAUUAUGGUUGAAUGAUGAUACUUAUAUAUUAUAAACUUGUAAAUAUUGAUGUAAUCUAAGAUUCUAAAAUGCUUUCAAGUUUGAAGUUUAAACUUGUGAUGGACACUUAUUAUGUUA